GAGGCGGAGACGCCGCGUAGGUCGGGCAGGCCGGGCGGCCGGGCUGGGAGCAAGAGGUCCAUGUCCAGCCGUGUCUCCCCAAGAUGUUGCCCUCCCGGAGGAAAGCGGCGCAGCUGCCCUGGGAGGACGGCAGGGCCAGGCUGCUUCCUGGAGGCCUCCGGCGGAAGUGCUCCAUCUUCCACCUCUUCAUUGCCUUUCUCCUGUUGGUCUUCUUCUCCCUUCUCUGGUUGCAGCUCAGCUGCUCUGGAGACAUGGCCCAGGUGACCAGGGGACAAGGGCAGGAGACCUCGGGCCCACCUCGGGCUUGUCCUCCAGAGCCGCCCCCCGAGCACUGGGAAGAGGAUGCAUCUUGGGGACCGCACCGCUUGGCAGUGCUGGUACCCUUCCGGGAACGCUUUGAGGAGCUCCUGGUCUUUGUGCCCCACAUGCACCGCUUCCUAAGCAAGAAGAAGAUCCAGCACCACAUCUAUGUGCUCAACCAGGUGGAUCAUUUCAGGUUCAAUCGGGCGGCACUCAUCAACGUGGGCUUCCUGGAGAGCAGCAACAGCACAGACUACAUCGCCAUGCACGACGUGGAUCUGCUCCCUCUCAAUGAGGAGCUGGAUUAUAGCUUCCCAGAGGCCGGGCCCUUCCACGUGGCCUCCCCAGAGCUCCACCCUCUCUACCACUACAAGACCUAUGUGGGCGGCAUCCUGCUGCUCUCCAAGCAGCACUACCAGCUGUGCAAUGGGAUGUCCAACCGCUUCUGGGGCUGGGGCCGAGAGGAUGAUGAAUUCUACCGGCGCAUCACGGGAGCUGGCCUCCAGCUUUUCCGCCCCUCAGGAAUCACAACUGGGUACCAGACAUUUCGCCACUUGCAUGACCCAGCCUGGCGGAAGAGGGACCAGAAACGCAUUGCGGCUCAGAAACAGGAACAAUUCAAGGUGGACCGGGAGGGUGGUCUGAACACUGUGAAGUACCGGGUGGAUUCCCGCACAGAGCUGUCUGUAGGAGGAGCCCCUUGCACUGUUCUCAACAUCAUGUUGGAUUGUGACAAGGCAGCAACCCCAUGGUGCAUAUUUGGCUGAACUGGCUGAACAGUAAGGAAGCCUAUGCUUCCAGACCUCAGUGCUGCUCAAGCUCAGGAAACCGCAGGCCUUAGGCCCAGCUCGAGAGGAUGCAGAGUGACCUGACGGACUAGCCAGCCAGCCCGGUAUCUACAGCCACCUCGGCCAGCUCCCUCCAUGGCUGCAGCCACCUGGCCCCAACCAGACUCAAGACAGGACACAAGGAGUUCCUGGGAUGCUGCUGGAAAAUCGGCCGGAGAGGUUGGAGGUGUGGCUUGACAGGGAUUCUCCGCCCAGCCUUCCUGCCCACCCUGCUCUUCCUGCCCGCCUACGCUGAGGCCUGAGGCUAAGAAAGAUGGCUGGAGCUGUUCUAGCCCUUCCGUUACUUUGGAAGAACAGUCUCACGCAGAUGUAGUCAGAGGCGGGGCCAGUGUGUAUGGCAGCUGCUUUUAGGAGGCUUAGGACUUCAGAAGGCAGAAUGUAGCCCGAGCAAAGGAGCAGCUAAUACUAGCUUUAGCUGGUUGUCACCCCUGAAGAAAUGGGCUUGGGGGUGGACCAUUUGUGCCACCAGAUCUCACUUUUCAAAAGAAACUAGAAUGCUGGAUUCUUAUGCAGAAUUUUAUGAUUUUUAAAUGGUAGCAGCUAACUAAAACUUUCAAAAGAUAUGACAGGCCAAACAAAAUGUUUUGUGGACCUCUGGUUUGUCACCUUUGUUGACAAGACGGGGUGCAAAAGAUGACACUGCAAAGUUU